GUCCUUUCUUCUUCGUCUUCCUCUCCAGUUGAUCCAAACAAGUAGUCAAUCAUGGAGCCGCAGCAGCACAAAGAGGAUGGAAAUCAAGCAGAGCCGCCGAAGCAAUCUCCAUCGCAGACUAACCAGGAGCAUCAGCAUCAGCAACCUGCCUCUCAUUCCACCGAUUACGCUCCUUACCCGAAGUUAGACCCCAAAGACGUCGCUCCGCCUCCAGAGAACUGGACAUCCGUCUCCGUGGGCACCGAAUCGCAGCCGAGUACUGGUCCAGCUCCGAUCCAAGGCAGUGCUGCCACCACCAUGCCGGUUGAGUCCAAUCCCUAUGUCUCUCCUUCUCCGGUUCAAUCAAAGAGUAAGGUUGAUUCAGUGAAGGAUGUGCUAGGGAAAUGGGGAAAGAAAGCAGCGGAGGCCACCAAGAAGGCUGAGGAUCUUGCCGGAAACAUGUGGCAACACUUGAAAACUGGCCCUAGUUUUGCUGAUGCUGCUGUGGGGAGAAUUGCUCAGAGCACUAAAGUGCUUGCUGAGGGUGGUUACGAGAAGAUCUUUAGACAAACAUUUGAUUCGGUUCCUGAGGAGAAGCUUCUGAAGACAUAUGCUUGCUAUCUUUCGACCUCUGCUGGUCCGGUUAUGGGAGUUCUAUAUUUGUCAACAGCCAAACUUGCUUUUUGUAGUGAUAAUCCUCUGUCUUACAACGUUGGUGAAGAGACAAAGUGGAGCUAUUAUAAGGUGGUUAUUCCAUUACAUCAGCUGAGGGCAGUCAACCCAUCGACAAGCAGAACCAAGCCAACUGAGAAGUACAUCCAGGUUAUUUCUGUCGACAACCAUGAAUUUUGGUUCCAAGGCUUUGUGCACUAUGACAGUGCCGUGAAAAAUCUUCAGGCAGCAUCACACCCCCACAACUUGUAAUAUGCUCGGAUCAAACUCUACAUCAUGUCCCAAAAGGUGCAUCAUAUCACCCGCAACUUUAUGUGGAAAGUAUGGUUGGGAUAAUAUAUGCAUGUUGUGCAUUGAAUUUAUAUGCAGAGUCACAAUGAUAUUCCUAUUUCUUUAUUUGAGCUCAAUCAUUGCUAGCAGAUAUGUGUGAGCUAUUUGUGUUGUACAUUACAUUUGUGGUCCACCAAACAGUUUAUCUUUUGCUAGUGAAAAUAUAUUGGUGUUGCUAAUGAUGAUUAUUACCCUGAAAAAAAAAAUUAAGUUUCAUUCAUUGUUGUCUAGAAUAAGCUCUAUCUUUUUGCUUAGAAGUAUGUUGAGGGCUCAGGGUAUAGCCCUUUUGUAUUGAUCCAUUAAUAACCAAGUCUAACAGGGGUAUUGCACAGGAUUGAUUUUUCAUUGGGCUUUAUCUGUAACUUUCAGCUUAAUCCCAUUCUACAAGUGAAGCUGCAUACUUGGGUUUGGUGGCGGUAAUUCGUCUGUUCUGUUUUUUCCCUGUCAAAAGCUUUUAU